GAAACUCAGAACGUCAACAGCUUCAGAGUCUCUCCUCCCGGAAAGUGCUAUUCGUGUUGCACAAUAAUUGGCAACUUUAUUGGGACUCUAGCGAAAACUAUAGCGAACGGAAUUGUUGCCUCUCUUUUAGGGCUGCAGAGCCGGAACGUUAACAUAGUGAUGCUCUGGGCGGUGCUGCUGGCGCUUGCAAUUGCGGCUCUCACCGUUCCAGCCUCCACCAUCCCCAUCUCGGUCAACUACUUCUCCCGAAUGAAUGCGUGUAACAAGGAAUACGGCUUCUACUUCCACACCGCCAAGACAUCCUAUGUACUGUCGCAGGACAAGGCCUCCAUCCUCCUCGAGGCCGGCAUGAAGAAGCUCAACAUUGCCGGCGGCGAGCCCUUUCUGUACCUAAACCUGCACCUCGAGUCCGUCUCCAUCGUCACCAAGGGCAGCAAAGUCACGGGGCGCUUCCUCAAAGAGUAUGGCAAGUACAUUGACGUCCUAGCCGUGUCGUGCGACUCGAUGGACGAGCAGACCAACAUCAAGAUUGGCCGCGGCGACGGCAACAACGUGGCGCAGCUCUUCCGCAUCCGCGGCUGGUGCCGCAAGUUCGGCUUCAAGUUCAAGCUCGACACAGUUGUCUGCCGCCUCAACUUCAACGAGGACAUGUUCGACAUGGUCCUCAUGGUGCACGGUGAGAACGACGCGGAGGAGACGCUGCGCGACGCGCGCCGCUGGGAGAUCACCGACGACGAGUUCGCCGUCUUCUGCAAGCGCCACAGCGCCAUCUUUGCCUUUAUUUCUGAGAGCAACCGCGUCAUGGCGUCGUCUUACCUGGUCGUCGGCGAGUGCAUGCGCUUCAUGGACAAGGGUAGCGGCAAGAUGCGCGAGUCCGAGUCCAUUCUUGACGGAGUUGAGAAGGCCUUGUCGUAG